AUGAGCUUGUACUAUAUUGAAUUCUUUCUAAAGCUACAUGACACAAGCACUCGGCUAUGUUGCAUGGAAAAUGCAAGUUUCUUCACAAAGGAGAUUCAUUCUUUGAGACUGAUUUUGAAGGAAAAGGAGAUAAGAGAGAGGGAUGGAUCCAAUUUCCUUUAUUUGGCUAACUCAGUUACUGCUCAAAUGUUCUGGCUAAGAAAAUUGAGUUUGAAAUCUAUUGCUGACGUUAUCCUUGUUGGAAGACGAAUGCGUAGUCUUAUAGUAAGCAAGUUUAUCGAUCAUCGAUUCUAUAGUUUAGGUAUUGAGAUGGAUAAGGGAAGUAAGGGUUGGUGGGAAUUUCCUAGAUGGAGUCAUGUAUAUGAACAAGGAACGGAUGAAUACAUUGAGAAAGCCUUUGCUAUAAGGUCCCAAGGGAACCAGAUUGGUUGCCCAUGUUCUAAUUGCCAUCAUCGAUAUUGGUAUGGUAGAAAUGACGUAAGAGAUCAUAUUAUUUGCAAUGGCUUUGUGCCAAGAAACGAUGAAACCUUUCAUCUAGGAGGGAUGCGCCCUGAAAGAGAAGUUGAGGAUCCUCAACACGAUGAACCAUCAAACAUUAAUGAUCGUAUACAAAAGUUGUUGAGUGAUGCUUUGAGAGAAGGGCCAAAUGAAGAGGCGAAGAAGUUUUUUCGCCUAAUAGAGGAAGGCGAACAAGAGUUGUAUCCGGGUUGCAAAAAAAUGUCUAGACUUGCCUUCACAAUUCGCCUCUACAUUUACAAGUGUGACCAUAAGUUGUCCGAUGUUGUUACUGCUGGUUUACUAAAUUUCUUCAAGGAAGUUCUCCCCGAUGAUGCAAUAUUGCCCACAUCUAUGCACGAAGCAAAGAACGUUUUAAAGUUGUUGGGGUUGGACUACAAAAGGAUAGACGCUUGCCCUAAUGAUUGCAUGUUAUAUUGGGCGGAGCAUGCAAACACAACCAGUUGUCAUGUCUGUGGAACUUCAAGGUGGAAAUCGAAGGAUAAUGAUGAAGAUGACAAUCCUAAUGAAAAAACUCAUAGAAUUCCAUCUAAAGUUCUAAGGUACUUCCCAAUCAAGAAGAGGUUGCAAAGGUUGUACAUGUGUGCCGAAACAGCAAGUUUUAUGACAUGGCAUAAAACUGCAGGAGAGACGGAUGGGCUUUUGCAACAUCCAGCCAAUGGUCAAGCUUGGAUCAACUUUGACAAAAUAUAUGAAAGCUUCUCCAAGGAACCCCGUAAUGUGAGACUUGCAUUAGCCACUGAUGGUUUUAAUCCUUUUAACACAAUGAGCAUUGUGCACAGUACUUGGCCAGUCAUUUUGAUCAAUUACAACUUGCCUCCAUGGUUGGCAACAAAUUCCGAGUUUUUAAUGCUUUCAUUACUUAUACCUGGACCUUUGUCUCCUGGAAAUGCCAAUGAUGUCUAUUUACAACCACUUAUCAAAGACCUCAUCAAUUUGUGGGAGUUUGGCCUAGAAACAUAUGAUACUUCAAGCAAUACAAGGUUUGACAUGCAAGUAGCUUUGGUGGGUACCAUUAGUGAUUUUCCGGGUUAUGAAAUGUGUUCGGGCUGGAGUACGAAAGGAAAAUUUGCUUGCCCUUGUUGUCAUUAUGAGAUAGAUUCUAUGUACUUGAAAUAUAGUCACAAGUAUUGCUAUAUGUGUCAUCGCAAAUGGUUGGAUUCAGACCACCCGUGGCGGUAUAAUAAGAGGAACUUCAAUGGGCAUAUUGAGACAAGAAAUGAACCGGUUCGUUUGACCGGAAGUAAGGUUGAGGAGCUAACACGUGAUUUUCCAAAUGAAUUUGAAAAAAGGAAGCCAAAAGUGAGACAAGAUACUGAUGAUCCCAAUCCAUGGAGGAAGAUUCCCAUUUUUUUCAAGUUACCUUACUGGAAAAAUUGCGAUCUUCGCCAUAGUUUAGAUGUCAUGCAUAUUGAAAAGAAUAUGUUUGAUAAUGUCAUUAGGACAUUGUUAGGCAUUCUUGGAAAAUCAAAAGACCAUAAAUCUGCUCGUCGGGAUUUGAAAUACCUGCGAGAGGAGAAAGACCUUCGAUGGGUGCCGGAGCUUGAGGUUCAAGAAUUAGAAGAUGGAAGUGAAGAGUUUCGGACAUCUAUGUUUUGGAUGAAUGAUGAUGAAAAGAAAUUGUUUUGCCAAACCAUAAAAAAUGCAAAGCUACCACAAGGUUAUGCCUCUAAUAUUUCUCGAUGUGUUCAAGUUGAUGAAAAGAAAAUCAUCGGAUAUAAGAGCCAUGAUGCAUAUUUUAUGAUGCAUUAUUUUCUUCCUAUUGCCGCAAAGACAACCCUAAGGGCACAUGUUGCAACUCCAAUAAUUAGGAUGUCAAACUUUUUCAAAAGCAUAUGGAAAAAAUCUAUUGAUCCCAAAGAUCUCGACAAUCUCCAAUCUGAGAUAGUCGAAACUCUCUGUCAAUUUGAGGGGAUUUUCCCACCGGCAUUUUUUGACAUAAUGGUCCAUUUACCGGUUCACCUAGUGGAAGAAAUCAAACUUGGUGGACCAGUUUCAUUAAGAUGCAUGUAUGCAAUUUAG